GGAAUUGGUCGAGAAAGAAGGAGACAGCGUAGGGAGAAAUGGAGCUCUCCCAGGGGAGUUGAGCAGGCACCCAGAGACCCCGCGAACAGCCACAAAGCUUCAUCAUUUGGAAAGAAGAAUUUACCGCUGGAAGACGCUAAUCGGCAACGUGAGGCAAGAGCGCGCGCGAGGAGAUGCAAAGGUUAAGACGGGCAUUCUCCCGAAGAGAGGUGAAACCAGACAAACGAGAAGAAACGGACUGACAUUGAACAUAUUCAGAGAUCAGAAUAGAGUUUCGAAAAUACAAGAAAGUGGAAGAAGUCAGUCCCAGGAAAAGACAGACAAACCCUGGAGUCAUUCACGAGGGCUCCCCGCAACCCAGUAGGAAAAAUGUCCAAGUCCUCUUCCCGUCCGGGUCGACCCGGAUCAGCAGGAUCCCACAACUGCAGUUUAAGAAAGGACCUCCAAGGUAACCGCUCAUGCAUGCUGCGCAUCGGAGAGAGGCUGAUGAGAGCGGGCAGUGAAGGAAACUUAGCGGCUCAGAGCCAGAACCAAAGCAAGGCUUCUGGAUUAGGACGAGGACAGAAUGGGGCAACAAAAGUUGAUGUUGUGGAGGACAAAGGCCCUGAGUCCGCAGGGAAGUAUUGUCAUGAAGACCUCAAAAGCGAGCGUCAGCUCCCGAAGAAACAUCACAUGAACAACAACCUUCUGCGCAAGCCGGAUGCAACUUGCGCUUUACCCGGAAGCUACGCUGCCAGCAGUCGGGACGGCGACCCGGCGAGCCUGCUCAUGCGGCGCUCUGAAGCGGUGAGAAACAAGGACGUGUUCCCGAAUCAGAAGUUUCCACACCAUGCAGCCAUCAUCCUGGGACAUCAGGAACACACGAGAGAGCAGUUGAGGAGCCCUCGCCCUCCCGAAAGCACCACCUGUGAAGGUGUGUUUGCUGCAGAGAACAUGUCUGAUGGAGAGUCGCUGACUCUGACAGUUCCUUUCUCAAGGGGUUGUAAAGCCCGAUCAAGUCUACCGAUCGGACGGUCGAGUAGUCAGGCGAAAGAGCCAGUUGGUGUGCUGUAUCUCCAGUAUGGAGACGAGACAAAGCAGAUCCGGAUGCCUGCCGAAAUCAGCAGUGAGGAUACUCUGCGGGCUCUCUUUGUUACUGCUUUUCCUCAGCAGCUCACCAUGAAGACGCUUCAAUCUCCCAACAUGGCCAUUUACAUCAAAGACACACGUCGCAAUGUUUACUUUGACCUGGAAGACAUCAGAAAUAUUACAUCCCACUCCUGUCUGAAGGUUUAUCAUAAAGAUCCAUCACAUGUGUUCAACUGCCACGCUCGGCCUACCAACACAGAAGGAAGGAUCUCCAAAGAAAUAUUCUACGGGAGCCACAGUCCGGUCCACAGACUGUCAUCGUCCAGUCGUGGUACCUUUCAGAGCUUGCAAGGCUCCAUGUCUCCGCCCAUGGUGCGUUCCAUGCCCUCCUCUCCGUCCAGGAUGGCCUACGGUGGGAGGAGUGCACAAGGCUUAGCGGGAGCGAUGGAGGCGGGUGCCGCCGCAUUACCCCGAGACCGGCUCUCAGGCGCAGGACCAUCCAGCGGUUUGUGCACCAGCAGCAGUGCCAUACUAGAGAGGAGAGAUGUCAAGCCUGAUGAAGAUGUUGGCAGCUGCAAGAGCAUGGCCCUGGUCAUCCACGGAGAGGGAGGCCUAUGUUACCCAGACUCCUACUGUUCCUCCCUCCAGGAUGGAGGGAGAUAUCCCGGAGGGAGGAGCAGCUUUGCGUCCUCCCAGUGUAGUGGUACGUUGUCCCAUGCUGCAGAAACGGUAGAUGCUGGGGUCACCGGAAUUCCUGGGGGCUUACAGCAGUACCGUGCUUCCAUCAAGCCCCUGAUGGGCUACGGGGACAUCAUGGAGCACCAAACGCAAUCCCUGGACAGGCAAAAGAGUAGGAAAUAUGGUGAAAGCCAAAUUCCUCAGUUAGGAACAUUGCCUCCCUCCCCCCACAGAUUGAGUGAAGUCAGGAUGAAAGAGGGACAGAUCAUUGGAGGCGUGGGCCUGGUCUCACCUGAGAGGAUGUCCCCAAUUCGUCGAUCCCUGCGGCGGGAAAAUCACGGGGCUACCGUGCAGAUUGUAAACAGAAGCAGAGGGAGCGCUUCGUCGUCGUCCGCUUCGUCCGUGUUUGUGGACAGCCCGCUGGGACAACCGGAAAGCCUGAUGCAGGGUCACAUGACUGCCUUUGAUGCUCAGAGUGAGAGAAUGAAAGCAAUGGAGGAGCAGAUAGCCAGUCUCGCAGGGCUGGUUCACCAUGCGUUGUCUGUGGGAGGAGAUAUUCCGAGAGCUAAAGGACUUGUCAGUGAAAGCCCUUGGAAGAAUCACCCUGUAACAGACGGGAUCAGCUCGGCCUCGCGGGCUCUUCGGGCUCCGACCACCGAACGUGAGCUGCGGCGGUGCUUGGCGCAAGUGAAGAGCGAUGUGUCUGAACUGCGACUGCAAUUAAAUCAACUCCGACAUUUACAGAUAGCACACCAGCAAACCAUGAAGUCCUUGUUGCGCAUGGCUGGCCAGGAAUUGGUGUUGUCGAUGUGUGAUCGCUUGAGUCAGUCUGAGGAGAGACGAAGUGGUGGACGAAGAGCUGAGAUAGAGGAGGAGAGGAUUCAUUACCUUGCUACCGAAGAGAAAAUACUCAAACAGCUCAGUGAACUGGAGGAUUAUGUGAACAACUUACAAUCAAGCACUGCCUCCCUCCCUGGCCAGUUGCCAAUCAAUCUGAGAGAUGUGGAGGAGGGAGCAGUGAACUUGCGCAGAGCCGGGGAGUCUCUGGCUAUUCUUAAAGGGGAGUUUCCAGAACUGCAGGCAAAGAUGCGUUCGGUGCUCAGGCUGGAGAUGGAUGCAGUUCGUUUUCUCAAGGAGGAGCCUCAUAAGAUGGACUACAUGUUAAAAAGAGUCAAAGCCCUAACAGAAGGUCUCAGCUCUCUACGCAGAUGUGUGUCAGAAUCCAAUCCCCCAUUCAAAGCCGCCCAAGCGGAAUUGCUCAAAGCAUCCGAAGCAGACCAAAAGCAUCUGAUGAGCCGGAGUCCUCAGACCUCACCACAACCGCAGCCUCGAUCCGUUCCGUCGUCCUCUUUAACUCAGCCAAAGCUCAACUAUGCAGUCUCAGCUUCCCCGGCCACCGCGCGCAGAGUUAAGACGACUCCAGCCGCUGGGAUCCAGGCCCACCAGCACAGCCCACCACUGAACCACACCCAUGGGAGAGACCUACCAACUGUGGCCAAGGUGAGUCCUCGUAGCAGAGAGGGCAGCCCUGCCCUGCGGGAGCCAGCCGCUCCUCUCCAGUCCGACGAACUUCACAGAUCGAGCGUGCCGCAAACCGCGCUGGGGAGUCGCACAGCGAAGCGAGUCCAAACCUCUUCGGAAACCGCUGCCAAACCUGUCCACAAUACUGAUGGAGAAACUCCGGAAGGAAGUCCGAGUCAAGAAACCAGCAGUGUGAGCAAGCCAAGCACCCAUCUAGCAAACAAGUCCUCUCCCAAAAAUUUAGACGAGGUCCUGCAGGAAGCCCAGGCCAGCCUGAUGAAGUCCAUUCCUGAUCUGGAUUUGUCAGAUACCAAAGUGGGUCACUCAGAUUUGCCUUCUGGAGAGAGAAAUUGCUCGACUUCCAAGACGGAGAUGGAGGAACGUCUCGACACACUGCAAGCUCUGCUGUCUGGAACUCGGGAUCAAAAACCAGCACAGGAAAAUGACGAAGUGGAUUUCUGCCAGCUGAAGCCCAAAGCAACAGCGGAAGCGCCGCUAUCAGCUUCUCCAUCGGCCUCUCCGUGUGCCAAACGUCCACAGAUGGAAAAACCUCGACGCUCCAGUGUGGAAAAGAAGCAGAGUCCUGAUAGGAGUGGCCAGUCUCAUCCUCCUCUACCAAGGUCGCAUGCAGCCACCACAGGAAGGACUGGAGAGGUGGUCUACACGACCAGGAAAGAAUCUGUUGGAGAACAGGGUGUUAGCGAGAAAAAAACAUCUGUUAAUCCUCAACCAAAACCCCUGAGACAACCACCAGAGGUCAAACCCAAACCCAAACCUUCCGGCACCACCGUCGCCGUUGUCUCGGAAAACAUGGAGGAUGAGGAAGAUGACAGUAAUAGAUUUCUGAAAGGACUGCAGGUGACACAAGAGACAUCAAGCAAAGAUAAAUUGUCUGGUGAACAAAUUCUAUUGGAAGGACAACACAAGAUCCCUGAAAGAUCUCGGGUCACUGGCCAGAAACCCACAUCAGCGCCUCAUUUAGGACAUACUCAUGGUUGUCUAGGUAACCAUUCAAUUACUGCUGCACCAGAAGACGUCCGUGAACCUAGACAAGGUCCUGUGGCUCCUGACCAGAAAGAAAAAGGGAAGUUGGUUGAACAAGGACCAAUAUCAAACUCAAAUAGUGGCGCUCCUCCAACCACCACUGUGCAGAAAGACAAUAUCCAAUCGAAUGCCACUGCAAUACCUGGUCAGGUGGAUCCAAAUGUUGCCAAACAGCUACAAACUGAAAAGUCCAAUUUGACUAAAAAAACUCCACCCAAAAACAAAAACACUAUUGUAUUGUAUUGGAAACAAGAAUUACUAAAGAACAAGCAGGAUGCAAGCAAACAUUCAGAUCUGUGUCAAAUCCAGGGGGUCAAGUUGCAGCUAUCUGACAAAGAACAAUGUCCAGAAGAAGAAGGUAGUUUGAGUCCUGAUAUUUUUGAUCAUGGGGGACCUCCUCCUCCACCACCUCCAUCAGGUAAGAUUUCCCAUCGAAUCUCAAAGAUCCGAGUCAAGGCAAAGACUAAACAUCAAGAGCUGGAGAAAAUGAAGGGCUAUGACGUAGCAGGGGAGACAACGGAGAAACCCAUUUGGCAGGCUUAUGAGAACCAAGGUUUUGAGGACAAUGAUUCUUGGGAAAGGGAGCCUAUCAUCAUCAUCUUGAAUGAGCCUGUGGACUUGGAGUCAGACUUUAAGCGCCUGUCAACCAUUUUUGAGUAUGAGGAGGAGCUUGACCAGAUUGUUUCUCCGGGGGGUAUUGUGGAAGACGAGGAGGCAAUGCAGGAAGAGACCGAUGAUGUUAAAACCGUGUCUGAAGAAAAUACAGGCUUACAUCUUAACAUUUCAGACAAUGGUCCAAAUUCUCUGUGUAUUCUACCUCAAAAAGAUGGCUCACUUGAUGAAAACCACGACAGGACUAAACCAGAAUUACUCAAAAAGGCAAACACCAACCGCAACUUUAAAUUCAAGUUACCCAAAAACAAAGUGUCAGCAAUUAGCCAGGCUAUUCGAUCAGGGACAACAAAAACCGGGGGGAAAAACCCUGAAGUGGAAGUCUUUAAAGAAGAGGAAACUGUGACAUCAGACCAAGAGCCAGUGAAAGUGCCCAAGAAGCACAAUAAGGAAUCAAGCAGGUUUAGCAGCCACAGUACCAAACGAAACCUCAGUAAGGACAAUAAAGGCAAUCUUAUUGAAAUAGGCCCCUCUCCUGUUGGCGCGAAACAAAUACCCACCCCUAAGUCACUGAGCCCAGGAGAGGAUGUAGAAGACCUGUGCAAGAGAACAUAUCGCUCAUUCACCUCUUCCAUUGAACCUUCACUUCCUUCUGAGUCCAGUGACAGGGCUCAUUUUUCAGGCAAGGUCAAGCACCAGAGAGAGGGAAGCCCAUCAAAGAGGUCAGCCUCUCAGAUCCUCAAGAGCCCAAAUUCACCCCAGCGCAAAAGAGUCAAAGCACAGCCUCCACCAAACUCUGUGAAGUCCUCUACCAAGAAACAGACUUCCAGCUCUUGUAUUCAGCGAAGCCACACCGGGUUACGCCACUCUUCUCCCACUCCUGGCUCACCUGAAAAGACAACCAAAAUCCAGCAACAGGCUUCCCAGAAGCAACCCAGCCAGCAAAGUCUCUUCAGCAUCCAUCGCUAGCGGCAAGCAGGCGACCCCGAGCCUCGUCCGAUCAGGGUCUCGGAGCGCCGCCGCCGCCGCCGUCUCUCAGCUGACCUCUUACUCUUCGUCAUCGUACUCCUCAUCGUCCCCGUCCUCUUCCUCCAACUCUCCGCUCUCUCCCUCGUCCUCCUUCCUUCAGCCGGUCGUAAGUCACGGAGGGAGGAGCGGUGGAGCAUCGGUGUCCGACCCCGGUUCUCCCGGUCGCGGCGAGAAAUUCGGCGGGACCCGAAGCGGCCGUGCCCGCGAAAGAGACGCUGUGACGAGAUGCGCGUCGCAACGACCACACAAAUAUCGACGCGCCACCGACAUGUGGACCCCGGGAAGAUGAGCAAAGUGCUACGGCACAAGCCAACGGGGGCCCUUUCGUAUACGAGGGGCAAGCUUCAUUUAUUGCAACCUAUACAAUGUACGCUUGGCAAUGAAGCCCAAAAAGCAGGAUUCCACCCUUCGCUACAAUCUCCCCUUUUCUCAACGCUGACUGUCCAUCGAUGAGCAAGGGCACAUGCGGAAAAUUCAGGAGGAGGCUGCACUUUCCGUCACAGCUUGAUUCACUGCUUUGUCAUCAGAGGAGUACUCGACCACCCCGCCCCUCCGACCCCUUAUUUCCGAAAACGGGAUCAUAGGAUGGUGCCGGAUCAAGCGAAUACGGGGGAUGGGUUACGGUCGUGCGGCCAAAGGAGCUGUUGACUUGGCAAGCGGAGGUCACUCAAAGCAGGCUCGCUGUUCUUCGUCUCGCAUCCCGGACAGCCACUUUUUGACUGCGCUGUAGCCUAAAACAGGUUCCCCGCACACAUUUUGCAACCUUUGAAAAUUCGCCUUCCAAACCAAGACAUUUCGUCCCAGCUGCCUGCUUCAACAAGGAUUAUUUCGAAAGAGGGCAGGCUUACGCAAAAGCUUUUCCAAGAAACCUUCAAACAGGUAUUUCAUCUACAAAUUGUGGAAAUCAUUUGUAAUCAAUUGUUCAAAAAACAAAAAGCGGCGCAAACACAAAAACAAUAAAUCAAUCAAAAACGACUGCUGCUGAAGUGAAGGAAGCCAUUGAGGCACGAGUUGCAAUGAAUGAAUUGGAUUCAGACUAAUUGACAUUUAUGAAUUAAGUAAAUAUUCAAGACAUUUUUCUUGACAGAUUUGUGUCACCGAUCCAAAUGUCACAGUGUCGCAUGCGGAAGCCCAAAUGACGUCCAGCUCGACUGCGAAGGCAGAGCAAACGUUUUGUGCUUGCAAAAAUCCAUGACCGAGAUGGCGUCCAAACAAAGGGUUACGCCAAUAAGAAAAUGAGAUCCGGUUCUUUUAAAUAGGGUCUUCUUUUAUUUAGAAUUCAUCAAUGAACCAGUUUUUUCUUAGAUAUAGGAAUAAAAGCAUUGUAAGUUUGCAUUUCUCGAAAGUAAAAGGCUCCUUGCAAUUUGAAAGGCUGGCUUAAAUGAAGGCUACCAUUUCCGUUUCCUGUCCGGUUGGUCUUUAUGGCUAAAAACGGAAUUGCUAUUCAGUAUGUUUUGAGGAUUAGCCAUUACUACACUUUGCAAGUUCAAUUUAAUGAUAGGCAAUGUUGUUUAUUGAUAGCAAAAGAUUUCGACAGCACUUUUCCAAAGUUCAUUUGUUUUUGCCCUCCUCCAUCACAUCCUUCAAAGUGGAAUUGAAGCUUUAGGACGGCCCGAGAAUGAAAUUGCCUUUCUGUAUGUUUGAUCAUUUGGAUUCCACAGGCAAAAUCACGCGUUGUAUGAUGCAUCAUGUGUUUUCUUUUGUGUGUGUGAAGUCGUACUGUAUUUAUUUACGGAUUCUAUGAGAUCGGGAUCAUGAAUAUGAAAAGUCGGACCAACGACAAUUUUAUGAACUCAUGUCAAAUGAUCUAAAGUUCAGGUGUAUUUUUGUUGUUUAUGCCAUCGACAUGAUAGCGCGUGUUCCCUCAGUUGUUUGCUUGUAUAGCCGAUGUGACUUCAAUAACCUCGAUGUUUUUUGUUCUGCUAACGUGAAACCCACCAAGUUUAAAGGAAAAAAACUAAACGGGAUUUGCGCAUCCUCAUGAGAAAACAGAAGGAAAUCGGGGGGGAAUUCUAAGGUAUCGUAGACAUAGACGCGCAUGCAAACUUAUACUAGUUAGACUGUAGUCGCUACCUAACUAAAAUAUUUUGUACUUAAGAUUUCUUUCCUAUUUUCUUUUCAUUGGACUGCCAAUCAUUGAGUUGAAUAAAAGACAUGCAAUUGUAAAAUAGGCCAAAUUUGCCAAUCCUCCUCAGUUGCUAUUGAUUCCUGAUGCGCUCUGACUUUUUUUAUGGAGGAAGCGGAAAAAAGCUGCACAUCUUCUUAACGACGCUUUUAUAGUGACGCAUUUCAUUUGCAUAGAGUGUCGCGGCUUCCAAAGGGAACCCAGGUUAGCACACAAGCACAUUUUCUCGACUGCUGCUGCUGCGAAAAGAGUCGAAUUGAGCCUUUUGGGCCAAGUCAAGUCGGACACUUUCAACUCGGUAAUCCCAGUCCACGCGGUGAUAUUUUUGUAUCCCAGUUCGACAUGAAAUGUCUCCACCCAUUCUAUGCUUUGUACAGCACCGUCAAUAUGCAACUGUGGGAAAACAAUAGUGAUGCAAGGAAACCUGGCCUUUUUUUUUGUUCCGGAUGUCCGAUGUCUCAAAUGGACACAUGACAAUCGAGUGCUGGAAUUGGGAAUCGGGAAUCGGGUUGGAGUGCAAUUGAAUGAGACCUCAUCAACACAUUGAGUUGUAAAACACUGGAAUGCCGUGUAAAACACCCGGCGUGGACCUUUUACGGCGUCCAAUGUGAAAUCCGCUUGACUGGAGAGUAGAAAUAUGUACAUCUCUGCAUGCCUAUUGAGUGUUUCACCUCAUCUUUGAAAUAUUAAAACAUAUACUCUUGAAGAAGUGUAAAUAUGUAUUUGUUAUUUGACUGUAAGACGUGCAGCAGGUUGCGAACACAAGGUCUUCCAUAAUGUUACAACAUGAGCUGCUGUUCAGGAGGGGGCGCUGCAGACACACAAAGCUACGAGUAGCUAUGCCAUGUUGCCAUGUCCUUCCACCAAGCGGAUUUAUUCAUUCAAUGGCGGAUAUUCCAGAUACACAAAACGGGCAUUCUGUAAAGAGAUCAAAUGUUGGCAAUCUGAAUAAAGCAACACGAACA